AUGAGUUUUAAAGAUAGUACUAGUUAUCAACGAGGAGCAUGCUUAAUCUCAGAAAAAUUUACUAAACAAUUGCCGCUGUUAGUUUGGCUUCAUCCAUCAUUGGCUCCUCGAAAUGCUAUCGUACUUACUGGUCUAUUAGAAGCGACGACUACCGCUGAUCUGGCCAAUGAUAAAAGUCGGCUUGGGUAUCAUUUAUUGAUAGUGUCCGGUAGAAGUACUACACAUUUUUAUCCAUUUCCAGAUGCGAAAGGUCUCGGAUGGGACAACUGGUAUCGAAAUUAUGAUCGAUCGGACUCAAAAAAAAUAAAUGUUGACGUUCAAACAAUUGAUCAUUUUAUUAAAACAGCGAAAUCAGUUGCUAGUGUUGAUCCGAAACGUGUAUACAUGAGCGGUUGGAGUAAUGGUGCAGCGAUGGCUGUUGAAUAUGGACUAAACACACCAAAUAUUUCAGCCGUUGCUGCUUACUCAGCACCUGACCCAUACAGAGAUAUUGAUGACCCCUGUGAACAAGAACCGUCUCCGCCCUAUCUCACGCCAUUUAAAAUUCUUUAUAAUCAAUGCGAUGUGUUGGGUAUUUGCACAACAGGCAAAGCAUUUAUAAGUGAGCUACUCAGUCGAUAUCCAAAACUAAUAGCCGAAUUUAAUGUUACGGACGCACUACAAUCAUCUGUUAUGAACCCGCCAGAGUGUAUUAACAGUACCUUGUUGUGUAAGGGUAUAUUAGUUGGCGGAUUAAACCAUGUACGUUGGCCAUUUCUCCUAAACCAGCAAUUUUUUGGUUUCUUGAAAAAGUACACAUCCAGCUAG